AUGAGGCUGUGGAAUCUGCGAGAAAGAUGUUUCCGGCUGAAAAACUUGCCAGCCGGAGAGCUGACGACGCCCCUCCGAAGAUGUCUUUCCACCUUCGACAUCACUCUUCUCGGAGUCGGUCACAUGAUCGGAGCUGGAAUCUAUGUUCUUACUGGUAAAUUUUUCGAAAUUUUGAAUCAAUCGAUUUUUUCUUGUUUCUUCACAAUGUUGGACAUGAAUUACAUAGAAAAAAAACGCCAUCCAGCUGUGCUAACAGUGUAUAUGGCCAAGAAGAAGUCAAAAACUUUGGUUGAAAAUUGGAAAGAACUUUUUUCAGAUAAUUCGAACGAUAUUUCUCCAUUAAACAUGAACGGGCUGAAAUAAAGUUGUGUAACACGCUUUCUUAGUUCAUCAAGCCUGAAAAUAGAAAAAAAGAGUUUUUACUUCGAAUGAUUGCUUCCAACAGAAUCAUCAAACACUACGAGUUUAUAUCAAAAAUUUGAACAGUGUUCUUUCUCAAAUUCCGUUCUCAUAGCUAGAAGUGAGCAUUCUGAAAUCUGUUAACAGUGGAAUUUCUGAGAGAAGAACUUUGCAAAGUUCUAUCUUGCAGGAGCAGUGGUCCGCAACACGGCAGGACCCUCGAUUGUUUUGUCUUUUUUGCUUGCCGGCGUCGCUUCUCUGCUCUCCGCCUUAUGCUAUGCCGAGUUCGGAGCCAGGUCGACACUUAUGGCCCGGAAUUUUUCUCAAUUUCAAUGAUUUUCCAGAUUCCCCAAGGCAGGUAGUGCCUAUACCUACACUUACGUCGGAGUCGGCGAACUAUGGGCAUUCGUCAUCGGUUGGAACAUAGUCCUCGAGCAUAUGAUCGGAUCUGCAGGUAUCUUUCGGCGUCUUCUUUGAGAGGAAAUGGUCUCUUUUUCAGCUCUCGCUAGAUCAUGGUCAGGUUAUCUGGACUCGCUUCUGGGCAACGUUAUAUCUAACACAACCAUCGCCCGCGUCGGUCAUAUCCACGAAGUUCUUUUCAUACUCUGUUGAAAUAUUGGAAAACCAAAAGUACAGGGUUCCUCGUUCCUCGGAGAUUAUCCAGACCUCCUGGCUUUUCUGAUAAUCGUGCUUGUUUGUGUCUUCGUGGCGAUGGGGUCGAAAGCGUCCACAAACUUCAACUCUCUGCUAACUGUCUUGAACAUGGCGGUAAGACCAACUUGUCAAGGUUUCCUUAGAAUCUUCCAUUCAGGUGAUCGUCGUUGUCGUGGGUUACGGCAUCACCUACGCGGACUUCUCCCUCUGGACUGGUGUCGAUGAUUCUGGGAACUCGAAGUUCGUUGACUUAUUUUUUGAAGCUUCAAAGAGAGGUUGAAGGUUCUUUCCGUACGGCGUGGGUGGAAUGUUCGCUGGAGCCGCUUCCUGCUUCUUCGCGUACAUAGGAUUCGAUGGACUCGCGACUGCCGGCGAAGAAGCUAAAAGUGAGAAUUGUUUGACGGGGUCUGAAACAGCUGCCCGUCAGAUCCGGCUCGUUCGAUUCCGAUCGCCACGUUCGCCUCCAUGUCGAUCGUCACACUCGCCUACGUCCUCAUGUCCGCAUCUCUUACUUUGAUGGUCCCAUAUGAUCAGGUAUUCUGAAGCUACAAACAUUUUGAGCAAAAAAAGUGUUCAGGUUCAUCCGAGUGCCGCUUUUUCGGACGCCUUCGCUCUCAAAGGAGCCAAUUUCGCCAAGGUAGCCGUGUCGAUGGGAGCUCUUUUUGGAAUGACCACUAGUUUGGUGAGGUUUAUCAGUGUUUGAAGUAUAAACGAUUCACGGCUAGCUUGGGACGCAAAAAGGCGUGGCCUGUUUGCACUCUCCACCAACCAGGCACUGUCUCUUCUCUUUUCGUGGCAGUACCCUUUCAAGAUGGUUCAAGCCAGCCGUGAAUCAGCUACAACUAGUCUUCUUUCAAAAAACUCAAAAAAACAUCGGAAAAGGUUUCUCGGAAUAUAUCACCAGUUGACUCCAGGUUGGAGGCAUGUUCGCCCUGCCAAGAUGCGUCUUCGCCAUGGCCGAAGAUGGACUUUUGUUCCAAUCUUUGGCUUCUAUCAAUCCCAGAACCCAAGUUCCGAUCCAAGCUUUGAUGAUUUUCGGAGCCAUGACCGCCGUCAUAGCUCUCAUUUUCGACAUCACUACAUUGGUGAGUGAGAAUCACCGAUUUUCAGAAUUAUAAGUAGUUCUUCAGGUUGAGUUUUUGUCGAUAGGAACUCUUUUGGCCUACUCCAUAGUUUCUGCCUGUGUGAUUGUUCUGCGAUAUCAGCCGUCCUACAGACACGACGAAGGGCUGUACGAUAAUGGUUAGCUGGAAGACUUUUCUGUAACCGAUCCCGUUGAAUAAGACGGUGGACUUCAAAAGAAAAGAAACUCGUGACUGCGAAGAAAUAUUUCCAUUUGAACGGCUAGUGGAAAAAAAAUUGAAAAUUUAGUUAGAAAAGGUAGAAAAGAGAAGUCUGCGGACGGAAUUGCCUAUUUCGCUGAUUUUUCUUUUAUCAAUAACAUAAUUCUUACAUUUCUUUUUAUUUCGAAGUUUAUUUUGUUUGAAAACAAACUUUUCGAAAAUUCGACAUGUAUAAAAUCUAAAACAUUUUCCUAUCUCGCACAUUUCAAUCAGUCAAAGUCGAGUCACGGAUUCCAGGAGGAAAACUUCGGUUCUCCAUACCCGGAAUGGCUUUUCUCGAGCGUCUGGAGGCCGGCCAUUCCAUUUACUACGGAAUCACGCUGAUGAUCGCCGCUUUCUACGUAACCGGGUUUUGUUUCACAUCAGGUAGAAAGUAUCUCAAAGAUACCCUAAGAAUUUGUUCUAGGAAUCGCCCAAAGCACUGGCGGACAAGUUUUUACGGCGUUAAUGAUUCUGAUCUCCUUGGCUGCUUUCCUCUUCAUCCUCGCUCAUUAUCAGAAUACCAGCCAACUCGAUUUCAAGGUAGUUAUUUUUUCAUCCUUUAUUUGAAAAAACAAGUCAAGGUUCCCUUCGUACCACUGCUACCAUCGCUAAGUCUCCUGAUCAACACCAUCAUGAUGUUGCAUCUUUCUCCGUUAACCUGGCUCCGUUUCGCUUUUUGGAUGACGAUAGGUUAGUCUUCCCUCUGUGAAAAUUGAUACCGAACUGGAGAAACUUUAGGCUUCGCAAUCUAUUUCGGAUACGGCAUCACGCACAGCAAGGAAGAAAUAUCGGCGGCGGAGCGGUUCUCGAAAAGCAGCACCUACGAUUCGGUGGUCACCGCGAGUACACUUCAAGAUGAGCCCUCCAGUCUACAACCUUGA